AUGUCGUUCAUAUCACGGGUAUGGAAUCAGCUGGGGCGCCGUGCGUUGCGGCCACGCUCUUUUGCCAAUCCAAACUUCACACGGCUACCUCCCGACCAAGGCAUCGAGGAAGAGACACUGCCCGACUACCUCCCACAACGCUACUAUCCCGUUCGCAUCGGCGAGGUUUUCGCUGACCGCUAUCAGGUAGUCGGGAAACUCGGUUACGGAGCCACCUCAACCGUAUGGCUGGCGCGAGACUUGAGCCAGCGCCGCCAUGUCGCUCUCAAGGUCUUCAUACGUUCUCAAGCCCUUGGAGACCACUUGGAGAACGAGAUGGCCAUGUUCAAGCGAAUAGAGCAGCGGCCGUCUGACCAUCCAGGUCGAGACGCUGUCCGGACUCUGCUCGACUCGUUCCAAGUCAAGGGCCCAGACGGAGAUCACCUGGUGCUCGCCCAUCCUCCACUAUGGCGAAGUAUCGAAGCUAUCAUCAGGCGUACCAACCCACGCAGACUUCCACCGUCCGGCCUCCGCUAUGUCUUGAAGGAGCUGUUCCUCGCCCUGGAUUACUUGCACCGGGAGUGCAACAUCAUUCACACGGACAUCAAGGCCGACAACAUCAUGUUCAGCAUCUCAGACACUUCAGUCUUCACCGACUUCGAGGAGGCAGAAGUACGGGAACCGUCGCCCCGCAAGGAACUCGACGGCAGGACCAUCUACCUCAGCCGAAUCCUCAAGUCCACUGGCAUGGUCGGCCCUCCCGUCCUCUGCGACUUUGGCUCUGCCGUCUUCGGUGACACUGAGCACCGCGAGUGCGUACAACCACACGUCUACCGAGCACCCGAGGUCACCCUGGAAGCCCUAUGGGACUACAAGAUCGACAUAUGGAACGUCGGUUGCAUGAUUUGGGAUAUCUUCGAGGGGGCCCAGCUGUUCAAUGGCAUAGAUCCGGAACAUCACGCCUACCGAAGGAGGGCCCAUCUCGCCGAGAUAAUCGCGCUCUUGGGGCCGCCGCCCAAGGACCUCCUCGCACGCGGCCACCUGGCGAGAAAGUUCUUUUCGGAUGAAGGUACCUACAUUGGUGGACUUCAAGUUCCAGACCCGACGCCGCUCGAAAGCCUAGAGGAGCUUCUUGCAGGGGAGGACAAGAGACGGUUUUUGGAGUUCAUGCAGAAGAUGCUCCAAUGGGAUCCGGAAAAGCGCGCUUCUGCGGCGGAACUACAGCAAGAUCCUUGGAUUCAAGAGCCAAUUGAGGGGCAACUCGCAGAAAGUCCUCGGGGUGUUGCAAAGGAUGUGUCAAGAGGCUAG